AAAACAGGAAGUAGUAAAUGGAGAGGCGGGGCUAAAGAAUUCCGACUCGAAUGCACAUGCUAAGCUGCAUAGUUUCAUUUUCGCUUUUUUUGCCUUGAUACGGGUAAUUAUUUUUGUGGUUUUACUCUAUUGUAGUUAAUUUAUGCCAACAUAAUAUGUCCCGGUACGGAAGAUAUCGUUAAGCGUCUGGCCAUGUGUAAGGCAGCAAGGUCAUAACGAGCAAGUGGACGAGUUGCGAGUUCAUUUGAUCACUGGAAAUCGAAAAUACAAAUUGGCUAUCAGAAUGGCUGGACUCGUUAACUUUGAAGAUGAAAAAGAAGUGGAGGAAUUUCUGGAUAAUUUAGGCGUGGAGUACAGCUACCAGUGCCACAAGGAGAACGAUCCCGAAGGGUGCCAGAGGUUAGCAGAUUACAUGGAAGGAGUGAAGGCGAACUACGAGGCUGCUGCACAGGUGCUCAAACACAACUGUGACAAAAAUGGUCAUGCAGAGAGCUGCUACAAACUGGGGGCUUACCAUGUCACAGGCAAAGGUGGUGUGAACAAGUGCCUGAAAAGUGCCUACUCUCUCUUCAUGCAAGCAUGCAACGCCGGUGGGAAGAAAUCAAUCGACGCCUGCCACAACGUGGGUCUGCUCGCUCACGACGGGCGGGCCAUGGAGGGUGGAGCCGCCGAGACGGACAUUGCCCGGCGCUACUACGAGAAGGCGUGUGCGGGCGGCUUCGCCCCGUCUUGUUUUAAUCUCAGCGCCUUGUACAUCGAAGGCAACGCCGAAGGGGUCAAGCCUGACAUGGUGACAGCGCUCAAGUACGCCACACGGGCUUGCGAGCUGGGACACGUGUGGGGCUGCGCCAACGCCAGCCGCAUGUACAAGCUGGGCGACGGCACCGAGAAGGACGAGAAGAAGGCAGAGGAGCUGAAGAAUCGAGCUAGGGAACUACACGGUUUGCAAAAGGAGAAACAGCUCAAAUUUGGGGAGUGACAGCUCCAUGUAUGCAUUUGUGUGUUUCCAUCAUCAACUCAAAAUGUAAAAACGUA